UGUACGUUAAGCAAAUCACUAAUAAGUUCUUAAAAGUCAUUGCGUACAAAGUUUCCAGGGCUGUUGUUGUCGGGCAAUAGUCGCGUCAUUUGAUCGCCGACGGUUUCCGACCGCCGAACUGGAGCUCGCCGUGCCGGGGAUGCUCCAUUUCGCAUGGUGCAUCCAUCACAAGCCGCUGGACAGUAACGACCUCAUCAUCUGGCAUAUCUGGCAACACCCAUAGCUCACUUUUCUUUGAUAUUUGUUUUAAUCACGACUUCAAGAAUAUUUUCGCCACGGAAAACACCAGCCAGUAUGACAGAUCCAUACAAAAUGUGGAUCGCCGGGGAGGAGCGAUCAGGCCAGGCGGAGUUAAUACCCGUUGAGGAUCCUUCUACAGGUGAAAUCUUUGCGAAAUGCUAUGCAGCGAGCACAGACGACGUUGACGAAACCGUCAAUCUUGCCCACAAAGCUUUUAAGUCAGGUGCCUGGUCGAAAGCUCCCAGACAUGUCCGUGCAGACGUAUUGGACACCGCGGCUGCACUCCUGACAGCCAACAUCCCAGACCUCAUCCCACUUGAGGUCAAGCAGACCGGACGAGCCAUCCGUGAGAUGAACGCGCAAGUGCCCUCACUUGUAAGAUGGUUCAAGUACUAUGCCGCGCUACUCCGAACCGAAGAGCGAGCAGUUCUCCCGACGCAAGGGAAGCUGCACAAUUGGGUAGACCGUGUGCCACUCGGCGUUGUGGUGCAGAUUACGCCUUUCAAUCACCCCCUUCUUAUUGCAGUCAAGAAACUCGCACCAGCGCUGGCGGCCGGAAACAGCGUUAUAGUCAAGCCGAGUGAGUUGACGCCACUGACGACUCUGCUACUCGGAAAACUGUUGAAACAGGCUGGAUUGCCGGACGGUGUGUUCAACGUGCUCCCGGGAUAUGGAGCCACAACGGGCCGUGCUUUGGUGGAGCACCCUCUCGUGCGGAAAGUUGAUGUCACGGGCGGUACGGUCGCCGGGCGCGCAAUUGGUUCCAUUGUUGGAGGUAAUCUCGCUCGGUUCACUGCGGAGUUGGGUGGUAAAGCGCCUCUCGUUGUCUUCGAACAGGCUGACAUUAAUGUGGCCGUCAAUGGUAUCGCGUUCGGGUCAUUUGUUGCCAGUGGACAGACAUGUGUUGCGAGCACAAGAAUUAUUGUGGAUAAUAAGAUCUUACCGACGCUGCUCGAGAAGCUAAUUGCCAAGACCGAAUCCAUCACGCGGCGAAUGGGAGCGCCCACCAAUCCAGAAUCGAUGAUGGGCCCUGUGGUUUCAUUGAAGCAAUUAAACAACAUCGAGGCCUUGGUCCGAGAGGCACUUGAUGGUGGAAAGGUUAAGACGUCGACCGGCGGGAGCAGGAUGACCGGCCAGAGCCAGCUGGAUGGAACUGAUUUCACUAAAGGCUAUUAUUAUCCUCCUACUAUAUUGGUGUCAAGCCAAGGCAGCAGCAUUGUAGAUUCUAGGAUCUGGAGAGAAGAGGCAUUUGGACCUGUCAUUGUGGUCGUAGGGUUUGACACGGAAGAGCAGGCAAUAUCUCUGGCUAACGACAGCGAAUUUGGGCUUGGAGCAGCAGUUUGGACGAAGGACUUGGCUCAAGCUUAUCGUGUGACGGAACAGAUUGACGCUGGUAUUGUCUGGGUAAACACACAUCAUCGCAAUGAUCCGAGCAGUCCCUGGGGUGGUUUCAAGUCGUCAAGCGGGGUAGGAAGCGAAAACGGCGUCGAUGCGUACAACGAAUAUACGACCGUGAAGAGCACCAUCAUAAACUAUGCUAUGCCAGAGGAGUCGUUAGUUUCAGAUGAUUGGUUCAAGGAAGGAAGUGGAAGUGUAAGGUACGGUUAGUGUAGCGUGAGUGCGUAAACUGUAGAAAGGCAAAAUCAUGAGAUAUCACCACGUA